AUGUCCAAACUCUUUAUCGGAGGCCUCGCAUGGCACACCAAUGACGAUACUCUCCGCGAGGGUUUCUCCAAGUACGGUGCCGUUGAGGAAGCUGUUGUCGUCAAGGACCGCGACACCAACCGCAGCCGUGGUUUCGGUUUCGUCCGCUUCGCCAGCGAUCAGGAUGCCGACGCCGCCAUGAACGCCAUGAACAACCAGGAGUUCGACGGCCGCAUCAUCCGUGUUGACAAGGCCUCGGAGCGCUCCGACCGCAGCGGCGGCGGUGGUGGCUUCCACGGCCGUGGUGGAUACAACCGUCCUGAGGGCAACGGCGGCGGCUACGGCGGCUACCGUGGUGGAUACGGCGGCGGCGGCGGCGGCGGUGGUUACAACAACGGCGGCGGCUGGCGCAACCAGCAGCAGGAGCCUGCUGUCUAA